CGCUUCCUUUCCACGCAACAGAUGCCUCCUCCUCCGGAGCCGAACAAAACGCCAAGGUAGGGAGAGGUCAGGGGGGAAGAAAAGCGGAAAGAAAAAUUGAAAAAAGACGAUACACGAUACCGUUUUUAACAAAUCUAGGGCACCAAAGAAGCGGAAGUUCGGCUCCCUUUUUGGAUUUUCUUUUCCGUAUUUUGGGGCAAAGUAAACGGGGGCGGAGUCUGAGGAGUUUGAUUUAACUGCAUCCCGUUUUUUGUGGUUGACAGCUCACCGAACCCAUUCUCCACUGAUCACCAUGAUUGACUAACCUUUCAGACGGGGAGCCGAGUAGCCUCUUUCAGACGGCGAUCCUGCAAAAUGACUGCAUCAGAGUCAUAACUGCCUGCAUUUGUUCACCCGUUCCCUCUUACACAGAACCAAGUCGCACCAAGGUUCAAGUGUGUGUAGAUGUGCGACAGCGGAUUGUGCGAGGACAAGCCCCCCGCCCCCCCUGUCAGGAUGAGUAGCCAAGGAGGAGGAGCCAAAGACCCCCAGGUGACCAAUCACAGCUCUCGGCCGCUUCCGUCUGUGCCGGAGGAGCGCAAGUCCAGAAACAAGAUCAUCUCCAUGUUUGCCUCGGAGAAAGGAGGUAGGAAGAAGGAUCGAGACAAGGACAGGCCAGAGAUCUCCUCCCCAUCUGACUUUGAACACACCAUCCAUGUGGGCUUUGACGCCGUCACUGGAGAGUUCACUGGCAUGCCGGAGCAAUGGGCCCGUCUCCUCCAAACCUCCAACAUCAGCAAAUCUGAACAGAAGCAGAAUCCUCAGGCGGUCCUGGACAUCCUCAAGUUCUACGACUCCACGAGUGGGAAGCAGAAGUACCUCAGCUUCUCAGCCUCAGAUAAAGAUUCACCGUCGGGUAAGCAGGGCACGGCCGUCUCCUCGCAGGACGGCAAAGACGGUGACGACGACGACGACGAUGACGACGCGCCGCCGCCCGUCGUGGCGCCCAGGCCGGAACACACCAAGUCGGUUUACACGCGGUCGGUGAUUGACCCUUUCCCGCCUCCGGAGGGCGACGUGGCCUCCAAGGCGGCCGACAGGCAGAAGAAGAAAGGAGGCAAGAUGACAGAUGAGGAGAUCAUGGAGAAACUCAGAACUAUUGUUAGCAUCGGCGAUCCCAAGAAGAAAUACACUCGAUAUGAGAAGAUCGGACAAGGGGCAUCCGGAACCGUCUACACGGCCAUAGAUGUUGCCACGGGGCAGGAGGUGGCCAUCAAGCAGAUAAACUUGCAGAAGCAGCCCAAGAAAGAACUCAUCAUCAACGAGAUCCUGGUCAUGAAGGAAAUGAAGAAUCCCAACAUUGUCAACUUUGUAGAUAGUUUCCUGGUGGGCGAGGAGCUGUUUGUGGUGAUGGAGUACCUGGCGGGCGGCUCCCUGACCGAUGUGGUGACGGAGACGUGCAUGGACGAGGCCCAGAUCGCAGCCGUAUGCAGAGAGGUCCUGCAGGCUCUGGAGUUCCUUCACGCCAAUCAGGUCAUCCAUCGAGACAUCAAGAGCGACAACGUACUGCUGGGAAUGGACGGAUCGGUCAAACUCACCGACUUUGGCUUCUGUGCUCAGAUCACACCGGAGCAGAGCAAGCGCAGCACCAUGGUGGGCACGCCGUACUGGAUGGCUCCAGAAGUGGUCACCAGGAAGGCCUACGGGCCUAAAGUGGACAUUUGGUCUCUGGGCAUCAUGGCCAUCGAGAUGGUGGAGGGAGAGCCCCCCUAUCUCAACGAAAACCCUCUCAGGGCGUUGUAUUUAAUCGCCACCAAUGGCACUCCCGAGCUGCAGAGUCCAGAAAAGCUGUCCCCCGUCUUCAGAUCCUUCCUGUCGCGAUGCUUGGAGAUGGACGUGGAGAAGCGAGGGUCGGGCCGAGAACUGCUGCAGCAUCCUUUCCUGAAGCUGGCCAAGCCUCUGUCGAGCCUGACUCCUCUCAUUCUGGCUGCCAAGGAGGCCAUGAGGAGCAACCGCUGAGUACAGAAAAAUCACACCUAAAAAACCCAGAGACAGUGUUUUGGUUUGGUUUUUUUCACCUUUGUGCCUUCUUUACACAGUCUUCCUCGACAAGCCAUGUGGUAUUCGACAUGGUUAAAUAAAUACCCCCCCAACCCCUCACACACAGAUUAAUGAUACAUAUUAUCAGCCUCUACCACCAGCCCUCGUUCAUUUUUGUGGGUUAGUUUAAGAACCAUGGUGUCGAAAUGAAUGAUUAGCGGGGAGGGAGGGUGUGAGCGCCCAUGAAGAUAAUAAAAGCAUUUUAACUCCUGGAGGCAGCAGUUCAUACACUAUACUUCAUGGACACGUCAGUGAACACGAGCACCCUCCUACCUCUACAAUGUUGACGACGUCAAUACAAUUAUGUGCCGCCGAUCUAGAAGCUAACACUGUUAGCCACUGCUAAUAUUACAUAAUUUUAUUUUUUAAUGGGAAAAAAAAAUGAAAUUAGAUUGUAAUUGUAAAAAUAUACAUUGUAUUAUUUAUUUGGAUUGUAAUAAUAUAAUGAAAUUAUUUCAUUGGAUUUAAAUUAGAAUUUAAUUAUGCAGCUUUACUUAACCUUUUGGCUUUGACAUUACAGCAGACAGUAUCGCAUCCGUGGGGUGGCAAUUUUACUAAUAUGCCCGCUUAAAAUAAGAGGAAUUUUAAAAUUAAAAAAAAAAAGCCCCAAAAGAUUGAUUCUGCAAAUAAAUCAUAAGGAUGAUACACUUUUUUGGAUGUUUGCAUCAUACAUUUUCAUGAAUGUAAAUAUGUCUUAAACCCCUGUUUUAAACCCAAGAGUCCUGCUCUGGUGCUAAAUUAAACUAUCCAAAUAAGCCUUUUGGGGUGGUGGGGGGGGGGGCUUUUUAUUUUUUACUGCUUGGUUUCUGUUUUUGUUUUUCCAAAUCAUACAAUCUAUGCAAACACAUUCAUGCAUACUACCAACAACAAAAAACAUGUUUGCCCUCAUUAUUUUCCUGCUCAAUGUUCGGUUUUAAUUACAAUUUAUUCUUGAGCCCUUGUGUAUGUGUGUGAGAGAGACUAAAUUUUGUGUUAUGCAAUAACACCCUUUAAUUUAAUUUUUAAUUUUUGUAACUAACACAAGAAAUGUCCUUGUCCCCAAAUACUGACAACAGUAUUUUCCAUUGUUUUGAUUGAAAUUGAUCCCCCAAAAUACCUCAUCUCCUUGUCAGUUUAGAUAAUCACUGGUAAGCUUUUAACAUGUAUUUAAAAUGUUCUCUUUGCAUAAUGCAUAAAGGUGACACGCAGAGUAGACUGAUGGAGGAAUUUUUAUAAUUUAAAACAAAUUUUGACAUGCAACAAGUGGAAUAAAACAGUUGGUAAAUUAUUUGUAAA